AUGGAGGAGAAUGCCUCAUCUGAUGGCAGCACUGAGCAGCACUCGGCUGCUCGGCUUCCUUACGCAGAUACUAUGAUCCGGAAGGAAAUGGAAGGAUGGAUGGCUCUGGACAAACCGCAGUAUUUCGCGCAACGAAGACUGGAUUUCGUCAGCGCAACUGUUUGGUUUCAUGGCAUGCAGACUGGCUUUUGGAGCACAAACGCCGGAGACCCUAGGAAUAGCCGGGACGAAAAUGGAGCCGAGAAGAAAUACUGCACGGGCAUAUACAUCGCUGGCUGCAGGUCUGUCGGGCAAUACCUUGACUCCGAAGUGAUGGUUACCAGUAUCAACGGUCCCGAUAAUAUGCAAAGGAUUACAGAUGACCGAAAGAAGGAGAUGAAGCACAGCUUCGAGAAGCGUGUCCCGAUCGGUGUCGCGGUAGCCAAAGAGGCUUGUAAGGAGGACGCCAACGGCCUGAAAACCUUUCCGUGCCCCAUUCCCGAGGGCCUCGACUGCGUUGUUCUCGGAUGGUUCCUGACCACCCAUAUGUGGCCCCAGCCGGUGCGAGCACAGGAUGGCAGUGUGAAGACGUGCUGGAUGGUUAGGAUGGAGAAGAUCGACAUCUCCAAGGCAAGCUGGUGGUCAAACGCCGCCCACAAAGAGCUGCCAUACCCAAGCCCGAAAGAGCGGGACUUCGAGACCAAGGCCACGAAAGAAGUCUGCAAGGCAUGUGAGGAGAGUUCGGUGAGAAUCUUCAAGUCACAUUUUGUGUGUCUGAACCGAGACUGUGGAGAGUGGUUCACCGUGGAUGGCAAGCUCCUCACCGACACCGAGCUGAGCAACAUCGUCUACAACGAUGACUUCCUGAGAGAACGAUACGAUAGAUUUGACGACGCAUUGAAGCCGGAGCCAUUGGAGACGUUCUACCCAAACCUUUACCCGUCCUUUGAGCAGUUCCUUGCGAAGAACUACCCUGAUGCUCAAGCAUCGCCCGUCACAGCGGAUAACGUCGCAGCAAGAAACGAGGCUUUGGUGAAUGGCUUCUCUUGCCCUCAAUGCGGUUUGGCGAACUCUAGAUUUCUGUAUCACGGAUGGUUCUGCCGCAAUACAGAUUGCAGAAAUUCGGCGGGUGAAAUCAAGCCCUUCAGCUACCACGCCCCGCCACCAAUGGUGACACCGCAGUUACUGGAAGCUGAGCGGCAGCAGAGAAAGAUAUCCGCCGCCAAGCCCCUGAAUACACUGCCCGGAUAUCAAGGCGAGAAAGACCUUGAUUCGCACAUUGCUCACGAGCUCGACUUCGGAGGUGGCUGUCGCGCCACCAUCUUCAGGCCCAAGCCAAGCAGUUCCGCAAUGACCACAGCAGACAAGCUCUUCAAGAAGGUCCAGGAAGACGCAGGCUCCGGCACUCUCGGCCUUGCUCGACGGUCUGUCAAAGCUCAAGGAGCUACGGCACUCACGAACCACUUUGUCGAGAACUUUGGUGAGCGGUACAAUCUGCCCUUUGCUCUCGGCGACAUACCAUUCGACAAGGCGCCUGCGGUUGUCAUUGAGGCCGUGCAAGCUUGCAACGGGUACAUGAAGGAGUACUUCGGCAAUGACAAUGAAGAAUGCGACUUUAACGAGAUGUACAUCGCGGCCUACCUGUCGAGAAAGAUGGGCAUGAGCUACCACGACGACGGAGAGACGGGCCUAGGCUCCAUCAUCGGCACGUGGACACUGGGCGGUCGGGCGACCUUCAAGUUCUGCAUCAAGCCCCAGUUUGACUACGGCCGGUCGAAGAAGGGCACCGGCUGGAUGAAGCCGGGAGACGGACAAGUCGACCCCAUCCCCGCCGGCUGCACGGAGGAAGGGUUCAGGAACGAGCUGAGGGCCAAGUCCGAACGCGGGGAGAUCAGCGAGGACGAGUGGAGGGCGCAGCUCCAGGAGCACAUGGACGCGUACAUGGCCGAUCCGAGGAACAAGAGGACCUACGCCAAGCGAACCCUCCUCUCCUUCGCGGUUGAGCACGGCGACAUUGUCAUUAUGUGGGGCGCCAACACGCAGAGGUACAUGGAGCACGCCGUGGACUGCACGAGUCCGAUGCGGUUCGCGCUGACGUUCCGGCGCGUGACCAAGGACAUGGGCACGGCCGAUCAGUGGGCCAAGCUGGACGAGAAGUUGAAGAAUGACAGGGCGUUCACCCCGCCUUGGGCCCAGGCGAAGAAGCGGAAGGCUAAGGAAGAGGAGGACGAGGACGAGGGUAACGAUGAGGGCACGCCGGCCGGAGAGGCGAAGAAGGCCAAGACGGAGUGA